AUGGAGGCUGGAAACGAAGCAGAUGAUAGUGGUAACACGGUUGAUUCGUUGGCGUUGUUAUCGGAGGAGACGGGUGCGUUGAGUUUGAGUGUUUUUAGUGUUUGA